AUGCCCUCGGGAGCGGGAUUGACGGGCGGCGCGUUCGUCCCGCUGGUCGGCGCGGACGUCCCGUUGGUCGGCGCGGUCGUCGCGCUGGUCGGCGCGGACGUCCCGCUGGUCGGCGCGUUCGUCGCGCUGGUCGGCGCGGGCGUCCCGCUGGUCGGCGCGUUCGUCGCGCUGGUCGGCGCGGACGUCCCGCUGGUCGGCGCGUUCGUCGCGCUGGUCGGCGCGGACGUCCCGCUGGUCGGCGCGGUCGUCGCGCUGGUCGGCGCGGACGUCCCGCUGGUCGGCGCGGUCGUCGCGCUGGUCGGCGCGGACGUCCCGCUGGUCGGCGCGUUCGUCGCGCUGGUCGGCGCGGACGUCCCGCUGGUCGGCGCGUUCGUCGCGCUGGUCGGCGCGGGCGUCCCACUGGUCGGCGCGUUCGUCGCGCUGGUCGGCGCGGACGUCCCGCUGGUCGGCGCGUUCGUCGCGGUGGUCGGCGCGUACAAGCGCCUCAAAUGCCACGGGGGAAAGCCUGAGGGAGGGGAGCAGGCUGGUAGGGCAAAGACCAUGAAGGUGGCAUGGGUCCGAGGAUCUCCUAGUUGGGAUGAUAGGUGA